CGGGAAGGUCGUUUGUAGCUUGUUUGUACUUGUCAUUUGUCAGUAAUGGAGAUUAGGUUUGUGACAAUAAUUGAGCCAUUUUGACCUGCUACAGGCUUAUAUCAAGAAAAUGGGUUGCGGAACUAGCACCCCCGACAAUAAAGAGGACAACAGAGGAAGCAAGUUUGAUUUUACUCGACGUAACACCGAAGUCGAAAAGCCAAACGUUGUGGUCGAGAUCGGGAAAGGUGUGAAGAAGAUCGACCCGGAGCGACGGAUUGUGUUCAUAUUCGUAUCCAUGUGCUUUUGCCUUAAACUUGACGCUGUCCAAGGAGAAUCUUCUGAAGAACAUUAAAAACAGCCAUUCCCCUGCUUGUGCUAAGCCCCCAAGCAAAGACCCCAAAGAUGCAUCAUCUGAUCAAGGGGAUGAAAUGGACACUAGUAGGACUAAGCGUCGCUUUGCACUGUAUGAAAGUUCAGUGCAAGAUUUCUUGAACUAUUUUAAUCUGGAAGACAGAAUUGUACGGGUUGACACAUCAGCAGCACAAGUACAACACGUCUGGGAUGCAAUGAUGGAAUUUUUUGCAGCUGAAAUGGAUUUCAGUGCAAACAAAGUGAUAAAUACUGUUGUGGUGUUCUCAUUUGAUGAAAAGACUUACCAGUCCAUAGAUACAAACAGAUACCCCAUGAAAUCAGUUCUACUUCAUGAACUCAUCAAAGAGCCUCAGGCCUCUGCAGAAGAUGUCCUUUCAGCACUUGCUAAACAUUUGGAUGAGAGUGCGCUGCAGUCACGUUCAUUCUUGGUUGAUGUAUCAGGGACAUCCAUUGAUGAGGAACAUAUCUCUGAACAGUUUACGAAGCCACAGAUUCUGUUUGUAGACGUCAACGUGGGUCAGUUGGAUUACUUCUUGCACGGACUCAAGCGCAAAACAGACAGAAAGAAAUCCAUUUUCAGGAAGAAAGCGCAGUUAUACAAAUCAGUCAGUUCAACGGAGAAUGAAACGUUACUGUUCCCUGAUCACAUAGAUACUGAAUUGUGUAGACGAAUCGCUAUCUGUUUGGCAGAACAACGCACUUGUUGAGAAAUAUACAUCUUUCAUUUUUCUCUCUUGUUCGCCCGGUACACAUCUUUAUACUAGUGAUCAAAUCACUUUCUACGGUGGAUACAAUCAGAAUUUUAUCUUCCCAGUCGACAUGGAGUCCUGUAUAUACUUGGUAAAAUGUGGCUUUAAGAAACCACAAUUGCAGAUUUUAUUUUUAAAACUAAAGAAAAUAAUUAUUUAUUAAAGAUGAUUGUUCAACUGUCAUAUUUAAAUGUUUGUUGCAAACACUGGCGUUUUGCGUCGUUCAAGAUUUUGGCGUUUGAACAUAGAUAAAGCUGUUAAGUUGUCUUGGGAGAAAAUAAUUAUCUGGCUUGUAUAUACGUACAGAAAGAAACGCUACAUGUCUAAAUAUAUUUUCUUCUAUCUAAAGAUGACAGGAAUUAGAAACAGUUCAGGUGGUAAGUAAUAAAAGAAAAGUCAGUCUUUCUUAA